AUGUUUGGCCAUGGCGGGUACGCUGCCUGUGUCAACAAUCAGCCCCCGUCUUUUCCAAUUAUACACUGGAACAAUUCCUCACAUUCAGUGGUAAAAAUAGCCAAUCUAAGACACAGUCGGCUCUCACGCUCGACUGUCAGUCUUUCGAUACCGUCGGCUGGGCGAGAACCACUCUCACUCCUAUGUCUCUUAUUGUGGAUGAUGAAGUCUCCUGUGCCAGACUUCAGCCCAGGAUCGGAGGCUAUCAUCUCGCAGAAUGCACAACUCGAGCUGUUCCUCUCCACCGAAUCUCGGGGUCUCGAGAUAGAGUAG